CUUCUAUAUAAAUCAGACGAUCAUUUUAGUAGAAAUUCAUAGGCGUGGAGAACGCCGAAGGAGAAGGACGUCGUUAAUUUAUUCCAACAGGAUACCAAUUUCGAAACGCGUGGCGGACAUAGGAAUCAAGGGUUGGAGAGACGUAUAGCCGAAGAGGAUGGGGAGGUUAGGCGAGUCGCUGGGUUCUACCACAGCGUUCCUCGUUCUCGUGUUGGUGACGUUAUCACUAGCACAGAACCCGUGUACAAGAAAUGACAAUCAAUUUGGAAACACUUUAAAUGUUGCCGUCCUGGAGACAGAUUUCAAUCCAAAUUUCAAUCUCAAUGAUUAUCGUGCCAGACUGCCACUGAAUGGAGACUUUAUUCAGAGUGGGUUAACCGUGAGCCUGACACAAGGCACUUCUGACCUCAAUCCGAACCAGUACUUCACCUUGGAAAGUGUCAACAAUGUUGGCAUUUACAUUAGGCUGACUAAUGCACUGGACAGAGAUGGGGGUGCAGAUGGAAUUCCUCCACCAAGGAACUCUGUUACAUAUGGUCUCACUUGCACGUUUCAGGGAAACCCGACUCAGUAUACCCUGGUGAUCACUCUGACAGAUGUGAACGACAAUGAUCCAGUCCUCCUCAAUCUACCCACAGUCCAGCAAGUAAAUGAGUUGACCUAUCCUGGAUUGACCAUUUACACUGUAACAGCCAAUGACAAAGACCUUGUGAGCAGUGGAAAUGGAAGGGUCACAUAUUCCAUCACCAGUGGGAAUGGGAUCAACAAGUUCAACAUUGACAGUGCUACUGGACGCAUCUUUCUCAAUGAACAAUUGGACUUUGAGACCACAUCCUUCUAUUCUCUGACCAUUAAAGCAGAGGACAAUGGAGCAAUUCCUCGAUCUAGAUCUGCCUUUUUCAACGUCAGUGUGAACGACGGCAAUGACAAUUCAGCAGCGUUCAUUUCCAACAACUGCCAGGUGGAUUCCCGAGGAUUCUGUGUUGGUGCCGAAUAUAGCGCCACAAUAGUGUCUGGAUCCCAGACUGGAAACCUGAUUUUAAGCCCAUUCAAUAUUCGAGCCAGGGACAAGGAUACCCUAGGUGCCCCAAUUGAGUUCUCCAUCUUCAGAACUAACCCAUCGGGCUACGAAGGUUCAUUCAGUGUGGGCCCUUCAACACAAGUGUUUGAUGGAACGCAGGGAAAUGUGUACACAGCCGUUGUGAGUCAGAAUGGGAUCAUCGACAGAAGUAACCUUGCUUCAACAAAGGGCUCCAUCACCAUUACAGUGGUUGCCAGAGAAGCGACUGUUCCAAACUACCAGUCCUAUGCAUAUAUUGACGUCUUUGUCACCACGGCCAACCAGUUUGCACCAACUCUGUCUCCUGUGUCUGGGACAACGUUCGGCUCCAUAUCUGAAAACGCCAGAUCAGGCGACUUUGUUCGGACGCAGUCGUUCAGUGGAAAUUUCUUACAACUGCGCAUCAAUGACCAAGACUUCUUCAGCAACGAAGUGUUGAGUUUCAGCAGCUACCAGAUUUCUACAAACCAGCCAAGCCAGUUCAGUGUAACCUCGGAUGGUUUCAUCCAGCUUGCUAGUGCAAAUCUAGAUUUCGAGACUACCACCAUCAACCCGUUUAAUCUUGAGGUUGUUAUCCGGGACAGUGGAGUCAACCCCCGGAGCUCCACUCUGACCCUGACAAUCAACGUCAUUGAUGUCAACGACAACACGCCAUUGUUCCCCACCCAGGCUUACCAGGCAACCUUUCCAGAGGGCACAUACACCUUCAACCAGUUUACCAACAACCGACCCCGUGACCUUGUUACAGUCUCUGCGACGGACGCUGACAUCAGUUCCCAGUUCCGACAGAUCACGUACUCUAUUGCUGCUGUGAGCGAGAAUGCAACAAAUUUGUUCACCAUCAACCAGAACACUGGUCUUGUGCAGGCUGAUGGCACAUUUGUGGGUCCCAAGGUUUACACGUUGACAAUACAGGCAUCAGAUGGGGAGAGGAGCUCAAGGACUGCCCUGAUUGUCACGGUGACGGAUGUAGUUGGUCAGUCUGCCCCACAAUUCCCUGCAUCCACGGUAAACAUUGUGGUCAGUGAAGGCUCGUUGUCAGGCGCAUCGGUCUACCAGGCUAAUGCCGUUGAUGAAGACCAACAGUUGCUCUCCUACUCUAUGACCCAGAUCAACCAAGUGCAACAAUUCCCAGAUUUCAUAAUCACCACCAGCGGAGAAGUGCAAGUAAGACUGUCUGGCUCACAGGGUGUAAGCACAGGAGUUAAAGUCCUUGACAGAGAGACACGUUCUUCAUAUGUGUACAUCGUCAGAGCUGGUGACACGAGUGGUCAAUCUGCGACAAUGACGCUGAGUAUUACACUCUCUGACAUCAAUGAUAACAACCCAUUCUUCACCAAUGCACCCUAUCUUUUUAGCGUUACUGAGAAUGAGAAUUCCCCAAUCGUUGGCACUGUGACAGCCACAGACAACGACCAGGCUGGCACAGUAAACUCCCAGAUAACCUACAGGCUACCAAACAUCAAUAACAGGUUUACCAUAAAUGCCAACACUGGCCAGAUUUCAGUGAUUGGCUCCUUGGAUUAUGAAACUCAGAGCCAGUAUGCUUUCAUUGUUGAGGCUGUAGACUCUGCCUCUGACUCGCGUACCGGCACUGCUUCAGUCAGCAUUCGAGUGAUUGACAUCCAAGAUAAUGUGCCUCUCUUUGUUGAGACAUCUGUCACUGUUACUGUUGCAGAGUCUGCAACCAUUGGGACAACUAUUGUUCGAGUGACAGCUCUGGACAGAGACAGUGUAUCAAACAUCCAAUACGUCUUGUCGGGGACAAAUAGCCAGGACUUUAGCGUACAGAAUUUUAACGGUGUGGCUAAUAUCAUAGUGAGUCGUGCCCUGGACUUUGAGACGAGGCAGACAUAUAACCUCUUUCUCACCACUCAAGACGGACAGAACAGCAAUAUUGCUGGCGCGUCUGCAUCCAUCUUCAUUACUGUUCUGAAUGUUAAUGAAUUCUCGCCCGUGCUGACUUUGCCCUCUACCAGUAUCAACAUUGUGGAAACAAUACCGCUUGGCUCUACACUCGCCCAGGUGACUGCAACUGACCUGGACAAUCCAACCAAUCAGCUGAGUCUUGGUAUUACAUACAGCAUUAUCAGCGUUACACCAAAUUCGGGAACCAAUCUGUUCAGUAUCCAUCCGGAGAAUGGUCGCAUUUACCUUGUUGGUUUUCUGCGUGAUGAUCAAACCAGACCAAACCAGUAUACGCUAAAUAUUCAAGCCAGAGACAAUGAUGUAAAUCCAAGGACGGACACUAAAACACUGACAGUGAACAUCGUUCGUAACCAGGGUCCCCCAAUAUUCAGCCAGAGUGGUAACUACUUCCAGACGGUGGAUGAGACCCUUGGGGUGUUCAGCAGUGUACUCACUGUAACAGCUACCGACUCCGACUCAAAUACUGAUCCAGUGAGGUACUCUCUGUCGUUUUCUGACAUCGGAGCCUAUUUCUUUAGCGUGGAUGCCACCAGCGGACUGCUUAGUGUGCGCCAAGCACUCACACUUGAUGAUGACCUUUCAUACACUGUCCGCAUUAUUGCAACAGACACAGGUGGUCUAUCCUCAACAGCAACUGCCCAGAUAUCUGUGAAUCGUAACCUGAACACCCCUACCUGGUCCCAGACCACAUACACCCAGACUAUCAAUGAGAACUACCCACUGUUCACGUCGAUUCUUCGUGUUCAGGCCACCGACUUGGACACGCAGGCCCCGUUCAAUACCCUAACCUACACGAUUUUCAGCAACAACGCUAACAACUUCUUUACUUUCACAAGCACUGGUGUCCUACAGCUGACUAAUACUUUGAUUAGCACGUCAGGAAACUUUACAUUCCAAGUCUCCUUGAGAGACAACGGGCUCCCUCAGCCAAGGUCGGCCAUCCAGCAAGCCACAGUGACGAUAAUAGUCAACCGCAACGCAUUCGCUCCCUUGUUCUUCAACUCCACCUACUACACAACCAUCCUUGAGAGCGCCCCUGUUGGUACUUCUGUGAUGACUGUGUCUGCUCAGGAUCAGGACGCACAGUUUAAUCAGCUGGCUUUCCAAAUCAUUGGGGAUGACACGGCGCCGACAUAUUUCAGCGUGUCUCAAAACAUCGGUAACAAUCAGGGCAGUUGUGCAGGUUCGAUCAAGCCUUACAGCUGGAAACCAGGACAGAUACUAUGUGAGUUUUACAUAAAUUUGUGUAAACUGAAUAUAAAAGUGAGAGUCAUUGCUACUGACAACGGUACACCAGCUCGCAGUGCUGCAGCUGUGGUGAUUGUGGAUAUUCGUCGUAACUUCAAUCCCCCGUCCUGGCAACAGAGGAACUAUGCUAUUGCCGUGCAAGAGACCCAGGCACUAGGUGUGCCUUUCCAGGUGGUGUCUGCCAUUGAUGGGGACAGUCAGCCCCCACAUAACACUGUGUACUACAGACUGCGAAGUGCAACCUUCAACACUGGGUCUGGUUUGGUUGACGCGCUGGCCUACUUCCAGAUGAAUUCUGCAAGCUCUGGUCAAAUCAGUUUGCGUCAGUCACUGGUCAACGAAGUUGCUCGACCAAGCCAGUAUACGCUGACAGUGGAAGCCUAUGAUGGAGGCACCCCAGUCCUGACUGCCACUGAUUUUGCAACGGUUUCAGUUACUGUCCUGCGAAACAACAAUCCUCCAGUCUUCUUCAAUACACCUUAUUCGACAACAAUCUCCAGGAAUCAAGCUACUGGCCAGAGUAUUUAUGCAGUCACCGCCUCUGAUUUGGAUUUCAAUGGACCCAAUAAUUGUAAAUGUGUGUUUGGAGAGGUCCGUUAUGAGAUAGUUGGAUUAAACACGGCACCAAACUACUUUGCGGUUGAUGCCGUAACUGGAGUGAUCUCCCUUUCACAGAGUGUUGCCCAGGAUACAACAACAACUUACACUUUAGUAGUUCAGGCAUAUGACAGUGGAAGCCCAAGUAGGUACGACACGGAGACAGUUACUAUCACAGUGCUGAGAAACACUCAACCUCCCACAUUCAGCCAGCAAAACUACCAGAUCACCAUUUUUGAGACCCAAGUGCUGGGUGUCAACAUCAUAUCUGUCACGGCCACUGAUCCGGAUAACCUUUUUGGCAACAUUAACAAUGUUGAGUACUCGGCCAGUGGAACGCAGAGGGCAUUGGAGUAUUUUUACCUAAACCCGACAAACGGUGGUAUCUCAGUCAAACAGUCUUUGCAGAAUGAUGUCUCCAGCAGCAAUGAUCAGUACACAAUGACUGUUUAUGCCACGGACUAUGGGACCCCUAGGCUUCCAAGCAACACGUUUGCCACAGUAACGAUCGAUGUGAUCCGCAACGACAACUGCCCAGUGUUCCGAAACACACCAUAUGGAGCCAGUAUUUCGCAGAGCAUCGCAUCUGGAACCAGCGUGUUCAGAGUGAACAGCUAAGAUGCUGAUACUAAUCAGUUUGGAACCUUGAGCUACGCAAUUGUUGGUGACAACGAGGCUACUACCUUGUUCUCCAUCGACCAGAGUGGUGUGAUUCGAACUACGACCAGUCUCUUCUCCAGAUCAGAGUCUACCUACACGAUACGAGUUCGAGCCUCAGACAGUGGUGUGCCUGUCUGCUCACAAUUUGAGGUGGUGGUCUUGACCCUGUCAAGAAAUGAGAACACGCCAAUCUGGCUACAGCCAACCAGCGCGACAAACUACAUUGCGACCAUUUCAGUGCUUGAGACUGUCAGCUUCAGUUCUGUCGUCUACAACUUCCAGGCACGAGACAAUGAUGUGGCGGCACCAUUCAACACCUUGAAGUACACUGUGGUUGGAACCAACCCUGCUCCACUGUACUUCAGUGUCGCUGAGACAACGGGUGAGGUCAGGAUAAGGUCAGCCCUCUACGCUGAUCAGACGCAGUCUCAGUAUGUUCUGAAUGUUGUUCUGUCAGACCAACCAGGCAGGGUAAAUGUCAACACGGCCACUCUGACCAUCAAUGUUAUUCGGAACCAGUUCACUCCACGUUUCUUGGACACACCAUACCGCCUGGAUAUCGUGGAAAACACCAACACAGCUCAGAGCAUUUUCCGCGUCACAGCAGUUGAUGACGACGCAGUGAACACCUUUGAAAGAGUCUCAUACGAGGUCUCUGGAGACAGCAAUGCACCGGCUUUUUUCACUGUGAACAGCAACACUGGUGUGAUAACGCUCAUUCAAAGCCUUGCCAACAACCCAGACACAGUGUACAACCUGAGGAUCACAGCGUUUGACAAUGGCAUUCCUCGCCGUAGCAACAGCACGAUUGUUAUUAUCAAUGUUGACCGAAAUAGGAACACACCAUUCUUCCAGCCGACCACCUAUUCAGCCCAGGUGGCUGAUAACAGCAUAAUUGGCUCAGAACUAGUAACGCUUACUGUUAGAGAUUCCGACACAGUUGCGCCUUAUAGCACAGUGAAAUGCUUCUUGCGCACAUCAACCUCCAGUCAGUUUUUCUUUAUUGAUGCUGACACCUGCAAGAUCUAUGUGUCCAGAAAUGUUGCCACUGACGUCAACAGCCCCCAACAGUACACUCUUACUGUUGGUGCUUACGACCUUGGAACUCCCUCAAGGUCAGCCCAAGAUGCAACAGUUUUCAUCUCCGUAGUACGCAACCAGUUCUCUCCAGACUUUAUCAAUGAUCCUUACAGCGUUACAAUAGAGCAGAACAGACUUAUCGGAAGCUUGGUUCUCAGAGUAUCUGCUACGGAUGCUGACACGGUCUCCCCAUUCAGAGAUGUCACCAUGAGACUUAUCGGAGAUGACAAAGGCUUGGAUUACUUCAACUUUGACCCUGCAUCUGGUAAUAUAACAGUGAGGAAUGACUUGACCCAAGACACUAGCACGUUUUACCAGCUUCGUCUUGAAGCAAGGGACGGAGGUACGCCAGCUAGAAGUGCUAGUGCGCUAGUGUCUGUAAAUGUUCAGAGGAAUCUGUUCAAUCCGGAAUUCAUUCAGCUGAACUACAAUAUCACAAUUGACGAGACUCAACAGCUUGGCUCGAACAUUCUGCAGAUCACUGCUAGAGAUCAGGAUGUGAGAUCACCCCAUAAUGUCAUCACUUACACCAUGAGCAAUCAGAAUGCGCUUGCGGCUCAGUAUUUCACUGUCAACUCAGGAACCGGAGAGAUUUCUCUCAGGCAGUCCCUGCUGAAUGAUAACACAGACACUCGCAGGUAUACUUUCCAGGUGUCCAUCUCAGACAAUGGCAUACCGGCCCGCUCAGCUCUCAAUGUUGCCAAUGUUGAAAUCAACGUCAUUAGAAACACCAAUCCUCCAUUUUUUAUCAACACACCUUAUGACAGAGCUAUCAACUACACGACCGCCCAAGGAGCACUGAUUUUCAGAGCAACUGCCACAGAUAAUGAUAUUUCACCCUACAACAUAAUCACCUAUGAUUUAAUUGGGGAUGGCGAUGCAACAAUAUUCUUCAGGAUUGAUGCCACAUCAGGAGAAGUCAGACUGGCACAGUCUAUCGCCCAGGAAUCCACAGUGAUUUACAGACUCACAAUUCGCGCCCAAGACAACGGCAGCCCUCGUCAGGCUGACACAGAGACGGUGUUUGUAACCAUUCAGCGUAACCUGAAUGCUCCAGUAUUUACUCAAAACGCUUAUCAGUCAACAAUCCUGGAAACCCAGGCUCCUGGUACAAGUGUCCUUACUGUUCGGGCCAAUGAUCUUGAUAUUGUUUCUCCCAAUAACGUUGUGCGGUACUUCAUCGCAGAGUCUAAUACCCGCUUCGACAUCGAUGAAACCACAGGAGUUAUUUACAUUAGACAGAAUCUUUAUGAUGAAGUUGCUCCAUCUUAUACAUUCAAUGUUCGCGCCAAUGACCUUGGCAGUCCCCAAUUGACGAGCAACACGGUUCCAGUCACCAUUACUGUGAUCCGUAACAAUUUUGCUCCUGUGUUUAUUAACGAGAUCUAUAGUGCGGACAUCACCACUGGCUUCUUCUCGGGCGCCAGCAUCAUACCAGUCACAGCUACUGAUGCGGAUCCAAGUGCCCCUUACAACACCGUGAGAUACAGCAUCAUUGGUGACGACAUUGCCCCCAGUUUGUUCGCCAUCAACCCAUCGACUGGCAUGAUCUCCUACGCCAGCAACUCCAACAUCAACCUCGAUGGCUCAUCACAAUACAGGGUCAGGGUCCUUGCUUCUGAUGGAGGUUUCCCGCCAGAGACAGACACGACUGUUGUGUACCUUAACAUCACCCGUAACCGGUUCUCUCCGGCCUUCCAACCAAACCAGUACAGUACGCUGAUCCCAGAAUCACAGUCACUGGGCGCAGAAAUCCUAAGAGUGACUGCUGGUGAUCUUGAUACUGCGGCUCCUCACAAUGUUGUGCAGUAUACCCUGGAAGGAAAUGCGAGAGCUCUGGAGUACUUCCAAGUGUCUGCUUCAUCUGGCAUCAUUUCCCUUAUCAAGCCAGUCUACCAGGACACAAACAACACCAACUAUGUGUUGACGAUCACUGUUCGCGACCUUGGUUCCCCAUCCCGGGCUGGUACCAACACAGCAACAGCAAUUAUAAGUGUAUACAGGAACCAGUUUGCACCAGUUUUCAUUCAAAGCCCAUACCAGGCAACCAUUGGGAAGAACAUUGCUGCUGAUGCCUCUAUUUCCCGAUUCACGGUCUCUGAUGCAGACACACAGACCCCAUUCAAUCUGGUUACCGUGUCAGCAAUCGGAGAUGACCUUGCACCGACUUACUUCUACUUGGAGCAAGUGACCACAAAUGUGUACAACGUUCGUGUGAGAAAUGUGAAUGACCUUGCAACUGAUUUAAGAACCAGUUACCAGCUGAGAUUGCAAGCUCAAGACGGUGGAAAUUUGGCUGGGUUCGGUUUCGGCAGUUUGACUGCCACCACAAUUCUGACGGUCAAUGUAAACCGAAACAUCUUCCCUCCAGAAUUCUCAAACAUUUUCAACAUCCAAGUCAGCAUCUCCGCUAACACCUUCCCCGGAUCCUUCAUUGUGGACCUGAACGCUACUGACAAUGAUGUGACGUCUCCAGAGAAUACGGUUCGCUUUGAGAUUGUGGGUGACAAUACUGCACCAGACUACUUCUACAUCAAUCCAGUGAAUGGCAGAAUCUCUCUACUCAACUCUGUACUGAAUACAUUUACCAGUAACUACAGGAUUCAAGUUCGGGCCUAUGACGGCGGCUUCCCCACUCUGGCAGAUACAACGUUUGUUGAUGUGAACGUGAUUAGAGUCACAGAGGUCCUCAGUUUCUUCACAACAAAUUAUAGAGAAACAAUCCAAGAAAAUCUGCAAGUCGGACAGUCAGUCAUUGACGUAUCAGCACAACCGCAGCCCGACAUCACGUACGACCUUGUUGGGUUCAGUGAUGGGCCAGACUACUUCAACAUCUCAGCCACAUUGGGACGCAUUUUUGUACGGUCUGACCUGCGUCUGGACAGGAACAAGAAGACUUUACACACGUUGUUGGUUCGUGCGACAAAGGCGUUCAGCUCGGGUGUGCAGUCUGCCAGUGCCACGGUAACAGUCACCGUGCUGAGGAAUCUGAAUGCCCCAUUCUUUGACCGCCAGCUCUAUGACGUCACUGUACCAGAGGCCUUGCCCAUUGGAAACAGUAUUGUACAACUGACUGCCAGUGACAAUGAUGCCUUUGAUGUCCUGAGCUUCCAGAUUGCCAACCUGUCUAUAUUUGGUACGCCAUUUGAUGUGUUCUAUCUGGGUCCCAGCUCUGGCCUCAUAUCUCUACGCAGGGUUCUCACUGAUACGGGCAUCAAUCAGUACCAGUUUUUGGUGUUGGCGUCUGACCAGUCAAGUCCGGCUAAAACCGGUACAGCCACUGUGCGAGUGACAGUUAUCCGUAGCACGCAGCCUCCGAUCUUCGUAAACAACGCCCCGUACAGCACGGGAAUCAACGUGGGAUCUGCAGUAGGAACGACAAUCUAUACACAAGCCAGGGCCGUUGAUAAUGACCUGGUGGGGUCCAUAAGAUAUGGACUGACGGGUCAGUACUUUUCUGCAGCCUUCUACUUCCGGAUCAAUGAGACGACUGGUGACAUUCUGCUUCAAAAUCCCAUUGGCAGUGAUCAAAGUGUGACGUACAUUCUGGGCCUGUUGGCAUAUGACACUGCCUAUCCCACACAGAUAGCGUACACAAAUCUCACUGUCAUCGUUAACCGCAACCCAAAUGCCCCUGUGUUCAACCCACAGACCUACCAGCGAACCAUCUCUGAGGACUAUGUACUUGGGCUAGACUUGGUCCAGUUGACAGUAUCAGAUGCAGACGGUCAUUUUGUGCGCUGCAACAUAGAUAGCAUUUCUGCGCCUAACGUGUUCCCUCAACCAAACAACUUGGCAGACUUUUUCUACUUGAACCCAUUUACAUGCCUCCUCACAGUUCGUAACAGUUUAACGGGCAUUGGUAUCAAUUCCGUCGCCAUGAGCAUUUCUGGUACCGAUGAUGGCAUUCCAAACAGAAGGACCGUCAUUAACGCACAGGUUACCAUCAACAUUGUGCGGAAUCAGAAUGAUCCAUUCUUCGUGAACACGCCAUACAUUACAACCAUCCCAGAGACCACUGCUCUAGGAACUGCUGUUAUUACAGUGUCUGCUAUUGACAAUGAUAGUGUGCAAUCCCCGGUCAACUACCGAUUGAUUGGAGACGAUUCCACUAGUACCUACUUUAACUUCAACACUACAACUGGAAGGAUUACUGUUGCUAGAUCUCUACUUGAGGAGAACAGAGACCGGUACAUUGGGCGCAUUGUUGCCUUUGACAACGGGGCACCUGCCAGGAGCGCCACAGUAACCGCUAUAAUCAACAUCAACAGGAAUGAGAAUGCUCCAAUCUUCAAUCCUCAGUUCUACAAUCGGACUAUCAUGGAGACAGAACCUACGAACUUCCAGAUCCUCAGGGUCACUGCAACUGACGCUGAUAGAAUUGCUCCAUGGAAUGCGGUCACGUACUCCACCCAGAGUUUCGACCAGAACAACUUGAUCAGCCAAUACUUCGAUCUUAUAUCUUCCACUGGUGAUAUCCGGGUUCGUCUGCCGCUAUACAAUGACGCCUCUGACACAAGAACUUACACGUUCACGGUGCAGGCACAAGAUGGUGGUGCUCGCUCGUCCUCAUCGUUCCAGAAUGCCCAAGUCACGAUCAACGUGAUUAGAAAUUUGUUCCCGCCAGUUUUCAUCAAUGUGCCUUAUUCUGUGUCUGUUCCCUUCACUGUUAGCCAAGGCUUCAAUGUCUUUGAUGUGAAUGCUACCGAUCAGGACACAGUGCCCCCAUACAAUUCGAUUACCUUCUCAAUCAUUGGUGAUGAGGUUGCUACACAGAGGUUCUUCAUUAAUCCGACAUCAGGAAUCAUCUCAGCAGCGUCUCAAAGCCUUGUUUCAGACACAAACAGAUUUUAUGUGAUCCGAGUGCUUGCCCAAGAUGGUGGUACACCACGUCUGUCUGCUACCACAACGGUUCUCGUGAACGUAGAAAGGAACCUGUUUGCGCCGACCUGGCGCCAGCAGAACUACUCGGUCACUGUUAAUGAGAUACAGGACCUGGGCGUGAAUCUCCUCAGUGUUCAGGCACAGGACCUUGACAUACAGGCUCCGUACAAUACACUGGUGUACAGCGCUGUCAAUACAUUUGGCAACACCCUGGCAUCAGAAUACAUUGGCUUGGGUGUCAAUACUGGUGAAAUCUUCAUUCGCAGAUCUCUGACCCUGAUCACUGACAAUACCUUGGUGCUUGAGGUAUCUGUACGCGACUCCGACCCAACUACCCCAAGGGUUGCUGACAGGAAUGCAUACGUCACAGUGACCAUUAUUCGUAAUAUUUUCACUCCCGUGUUCACAAACACAUCGUGCGAUGUGUCCCUCACCACGUUCAACAACCAACAGUUCUUCCUUACUCAAGUGACGGCUACAGAUGCUGACAGUAUUAAUACACCAUUUGGUCAGGUCCGUUACGCCAUCAUCGGUGAUGAUGUUUCUGUUAACUUGUUCUCCAUCGACGAAGUGUCGGGCCGAAUUAGCGCUACAGGAAACUUGGCAACCAGUGGGGCUGAGUCAUAUGUGAUACGAGUACAAGCCCGUGACCAAGGUCGCCCGGCGCUAUACGCCACCAAGGUGUGCUCUGUCAGCGUACAACAGAACUUCCAGUCCCCGUUCUUCCUAAACAACUCCUACACUGCAACUAUCAGAGAGACAUUCCCUCUUGGCAAUACCAUACUGACAGUGUCUGGCAGAGACAGUGAUCUUGCGGCGCCCCACAACGCUAUCCGCUAUCAGCUAACAAGGGAUGCGGAGGAUUUGGAAUGUUUCUUGAUCAACUCAGUCACAGGAGAACUCGCCCUACGUAGAUCCCUGCUCUAUGAUCCCUGCACUUCAAACCUGUUCUUUAUGAGAGCUCAAGUGUAUGACCUUGGAAAACCUCAACUAUUUGGACCAGAGGUUAACAUCACAAUCGUUGUCCAGCGAAACAACAACCCGCCGUUCUUUAUUAAUGAUCCUUACACGCGAACAAUAGCCGAGAAUCAGGCAGUUGGAACUCUUGUCUACGACACAUCAGCUAGUGACCUAGACAUUUUGGCCCCAUUCAACACUCUGACGUAUGCCAUUAUUGGAGACGACUCUGCCCCAACCUACUUCUCCAUCAACUCCACAACGGGCGACGUUUUUCUCACCAACUCUGUACAGUUGGAUACUCAAUCACAGUACCAACUUCGUCUAUUAGUCAGUGAUGGCGGAAUACCAUCUCGCAUGGACUCUGCUAUUUUGACAGUUAGCGUCACAAGAAAUCUCUUCAGUCCAGUUAUUAACCCAUUGAAUUAUGAAGCCACAAUUUUCGAGGACACAUUUAUCGGUGAAGAAAUCGUAAGGGUUUUGGCCACUGAUCAGGAUGUGAGGUCCCCUCAUAAUGAUAUCCGAUACGAAGCUGUUGGUACAAACUCUGGAAACACACUGACCUACUUUGGCAUUGGAAGCACCGAUGGAUCUGUGUUUGUCAGGAGGUCAUUGACCACUGACAACAACCAGCAAAAUGAAUUCACAAUGUUUGUUCGAGCUUUUGACCUCGGCGUUCCUCAGAGGUCUAGCGCCAACCAGGCCACUGUGAGAAUCCUUGUGCUUCGUAACAGGAACUGCCCGGUGUUUGCCAACCUGCCAACAAACAUCACAAUUUCCCAGUCCCAGAAUACACAGACCCGGAUCUUCAACGUCUCUGCCACAGAUCUUGAUGCUGCAGGUCGCUUCAGUACGCUGACCUACUCCCUAGUCGGUGAUGACAAUGCUGCAGUCCUGUUCAACAUAGACCCCAACAAUGGCUUCAUCUUCAUCUCAAACACUGGUCUUAUCAGUGACAGAUCCUCAGUCUACAAGCUGAGAGUACGUGCUUCUGAUGGGGGAUACAGCCCAUGCACAAGAGAUAGUGUCCUGACUGUGAAUGUCUUGCGUAACGAACUUGCCCCUGUCUUCCAACCAAGUAGCAUCUACCGUGUGACAAUCCUGGAGACCCUGUCUACUGCAGAGUCCAUCUUCACUGUUACCGCUAGAGACAACGAUUUGCAGGCACCCAACAAUGUAGUUUCCUACUACCUAUCCUCAACGACAGCCAACUCAAAUAUGUUCUUUGUGGAGUUUAACACUGGACGGGUCUUCCUCAGGACAAGCCUCAUGGGAAUUGCUCUGAACCAGUAUAAUGUAACUAUCACAGCCCAAGAUGGAGGAUUCCCCACACGAUCAAGCGAGGCCUUAUUGAUUGUAGACAUUCUUAGAAAUCGUUUCCCUCCGACGUUUGUGAAUGAACCUUAUACACGCACCAUUGAUCGUAACCUCGCCACAGGAAGCUCCAUUGUUGAGGUCACUGCCACUGAUGUUGAUCUUACGGCUCCAUACAACACUCUGCAAUACAGCAUUAUUGGAGACGAUUCGGCACCUACAUAUUUCUCCAUAAAUUCUUUCAAUGGCCGCAUUUCCUUGCAAGCUUCCAUUUCUACAGAUGCGAGUGAUGUAUAUUAUGUGCGAGUGCUGGUCCAGGAUGGUGGUAAUCCUCGUUUGUCAGACACGACCGUUGUCAUUGUGUACGUGAAUCGCAACUUGUUCCCACCAGUGUUCAGUCCACAGCAGUACAGUGCAACAAUCCUGGAUACACAGGCGAUAGGAGUACCGAUAGUGUACAUCACCGCAACGGAUGCUGAUACUACCUCUCCCCACAAUGUGGUACGCUAUGAGUUACGUGGCAAUACCGCAGACAUGGAUCGCUUUAUGGUGGACACAAUAACUGGAGCCGUCAUGCUGCGUUCAAGUGUCUACAACAUCAGCCUCAAUGUUCAGCAGAAUACAUUCUCCUUCCAAGGGUUUGCAUCCGACCUUGGAAGGCCGAACUCUCUCUCAACCAGCCAGCUGGCAAACAUCUUCAUCACUGUGGUGAGAAACAACUUUGCACCAGUUUUCCAGAACACGCCAUACCAAAUCAGCAUACAGGAAAACCACCCUGCUCUAGCGUCCGUCUUCAAGACUUCUGCUGUUGACGCUGAUGCUACAGCCCCGUUCAACACUGUGCGUUAUGAGAUGAUUGGUGACGACUCAACCCCCUCAUUCUUUUUUGUUAACGACACAACUGGCUUGAUCAGUCUGCGGUCAAAUACCAACCUAGUGCUAGAUUCAACCACACGAUUUAUGGCCCGUGUCCUUGCCUAUGAUGGAGGGUUCCCAAGCCGGUCAUCAACAGCAGUAGUGAUCAUCAACGUGCUUCGUAACUUGUUCUCCCCAGUUUUCAACCACACCCAGAACAUACAAGUCACCAUCUUUGAAACUGCCCCAAUUGGCACGUUUAUCUUUGACUUGAAUGCUUUUGAUCAAGAUAGACAGGCUCCAGAAAACACUGUGACGUACUUCAUCAACAAUUUCAACUUCAACAAUCAGUUCCUCAUCAACCCCACUACUGGUGUGAUCACACUGUUGCAGAGUGUUCUCAACACUCAGACAGACUUCUACAGGAUGACUGUGACGGCUCAAGAUGGCGGUACGCCUGCACGCUUUGCCACAAUCACUGUGGACGUUAACGUUGUGAGAGAGACUGGUGCCCUGCGAUUCACCUUGGAUACAUACUCUGCUACUAUACCUGAAACAGAGCGUGUCAACAGCUCGAUUGUGCAGACCUUUGCCAACCCAGGGACCCCUCAAUACAGCAUUAUAAGCUCUGAGCCAGGCAUUACAUACUUUGGUAUCAAUCCCUCUACUGGGUCAAUAUUUGUGCGCCGAGCUCUGCAGACUGACCCUGCAUACCUGACCUUCUACAGGCUGCAAAUUGAAGCAGUAGCUCAGGGCUCAAUAUCCCAACAAAGGGCAACUGCUUUCGUGAACGUGACUGUCAUUCGCAAUGCCAACGCCCCAAUCUUCAGCCGUGACCAGUACACUGAGGUCAUUCAGGACACACUCUUAGUUGGCAGCCUCAUUCUAACGGUCACUGCAACUGACCAGGACUUCGACACUAUAGGAUACUCAGUGAUUAGCGGACUGAACAGCACGGACUUUUUCUACCUCAAUCCAUUCACUGGUGCGAUCAGUUUGAGCAGAUCGGUCUUCAACACUGGCCAGGACAGUUAUCGCUUUACAGUUCAAGCUAGCGAUCAGCGUAUCAACACGCGCUUUGACACGGCUGAGGUGUUCAUUCAGAUCUUGAGAGAUACAGGAGCCCCUCAGUUUACUCAAGAACCCUAUGUCGGUACUGUGAGAGAAAUCGAUGUCAAUGGAACCUCAAUUGUUCAGACAAACUGCUUUGAUAAUGACAGGCGCGGAAAUAUUGUGUAUGCCCCAGUUGCAUACACUCUUGCAUCUGCUUUCUUUUCUAUAAAUUCACAGACUGGAAAUGUUUUCCUGUUCAAUGGCGGGUCUCUCAGACUGCAUGGUGCUAGUCAAUACACUUUCCGUAUUGAAUGCUACGACUCUGCCUAUCCAAACAACAAGGACUUCUCUGAUGUGAUAAUCAAUGUCCGGCGCAAUUUGAACCCGCCAGUUUUCGAGUUCCCCAAUUAUAGCCAGACCAUCCCAGAAACCUGGGCACUCGGAAGUGAAGUGCUGCGCGUAUCUGCAGUUGAUGGGGACGGUGACCUCGUUACUUACUCCAUUAGUGGGGAUGCAUUUGGUACCAAUAAUCGUGCCAAUGAGUACUACUUUAUUGGGGCGGAGGAUGGAAGAAUUUACUUGAAGAAACCGUUGACCAUGGGCUCUCAUACGGAGGAUAAUAUUGGAUUGCGUGCCUGUGACAACAGACUGAACGAACGUCAGUGUGGCACUGCGGUUGCCAGGGUUAUUAUAACCAGAGACCGGUUCCCACCAGUAUUUGUCAACCAGCCAUACCAGGCCUCCAUCAACAAGAACCAUGGCGUAAACACCACAGUCCAGUUUACGUCUGCUGUCGAUUCAGACCUUGUUGGACAAAUCCGUUACAAGAUGGAUGGACUGUACCCAGCCCCAACGUUCUUCACAGUGAACGAGUUAUCUGGUGAAAUCAGAUUGCAAUCAAGUAUUGCAACAGAUGCAAUGCUCACUAACACAUACUUCGUAAAACUGCUUGCCUAUGACACUGCAUACCCAACCAUGUUUGGAACUGCGACUGCAACAAUUUUCGUAAACCGUAAUCCGAAUGGUCCAGUGUUCCUCAACCAAAAUUGCAGAGCCUCAAUCUCAGAAACUGCUUUGAUUGGCCAGAAUAUUUUCAAUGCCACAGCUGUUGAUGCUGACCUGGAUAUACUCUCUUACUCUUUUGGAGCCAAUACCGAUGUUGACGACACAACCUUCUUCUACUUGAAUCCUGAUACUGGUUUCAUUGUUCUAAGAUCUUUGCUCACAAAUACUGCACUCUCUCAGUUCCAGUUCAACGUCCUCGUGAGUGACGAGAGCAACCCAGCAAAGACAUCAACGCUUAACUGUGUCUUUGACAUUGUGCGAGACACUGCACCUCCUAUCUUCAUCCGAACACCUUACAGAGUAAAUAUUCUCGAGAACCGACCAAUCAAUGACAGGAUCUUCAGCGUCACCGCCACUGAUGCAGAUCUGCGUGGUGCAAUAGUUUACGGCGUCUCGGCAGAUUUUGUUGCUGGCAACUACCUGCCUGCCUUCUACUUCGCCAUAGAUGCGCAGAAUGGUGAUAUUCGUGUUCGCAAUACUCUGAGGACAGAGUCCACUAUGUCAUCUACAUAUCAGCUUGUGGUGACCGCCUACGACAGCCAGUCCCCAAGGUAUGUUGCCACAGCAACUGUCACCAUCACUGUAAACAGGAAUCCCAGCACACCAGUGUUUGAGCUCACCUCGUACCAAACCACACUCAGCGAGUACUACCCCAUAGGACAGCUAGUCUUCAACAUCACAGCAACUGACCCAGAUUUUGAUACUGUAAAGUACUCCUUUGUCGUUCAAAGUGAAAAUCUGAAUCCUACCAUCAACCGUGGUCUUGAUUUCUUCUAUAUUCUUGAGAGCUCUGGAUUGGUCUACCUGAAGACACCACUCUACACUGACACUCUGCAAGAAAGCAGAUUUACUAUGCAAGUUCAAGCACGCGACCAAAGGUUCCCUGAAGAGCGUUUUGCAGUAGCUCCCGUUACAGUGUUUGUCACUCGUACCAGAAACCCACCAGUGUUUGUGCAGACGCCGUACAGAGUGACUGUAUCUGAGAAUAUUGCGGUUGGCAGUAACAUCUACAGGGUCACUGCACAAGACUCUGACCUGGAGGAAAGAAUAGAGUACGUGGUUGUUGGUGAUGAUGUAGCACCCUACUAUUUCCGUGUUAACUCCACCACGGGUGAAGUCCAUGUUAGAAACAAUCUUAUCACAGACAGGGUCAACUUCAGAUACAAUCUGCGUGUGCAAGCCUAUGACACGGCCUACAGAGCUCAGAUUGCUGAGUCUGUGGUGGAAAUAACCGUAACAAGGAAUGAGUUUUCUCCUGUAUUUUUGUUAUCGCCAUACCGUGUCACCAUCAACGAAACCAUCACUCUCGGAUCUUGUAUUCUCACUGUGUCAGCUAGAGAUCAAGAUGGGGACCGUGUAACAUACACUACCAAUGGUGACCAGUCCACACUAGAGUUCUUCAGCCUGGGAACCGACUCUGGAGCCAUCUGUGUCCGUCAAUCCCUCUUGGGCAGUCGACAGACCGAGUACAGGAUGACCAUCACAGCAAAUGACAAUGGAAAUCCAGCCAGAACCAGUUUUGUGGAAGCGUUCAUCACAGUGAUCCGUGACCAGUUCCCACCAGUGUUCAUCAACUUGCCAUAUGGUGUUACGCUAAGCGAGUAUACAUCUGUGGGAUCGUUUGUUUUUGACACCAACGCCACUGACAGUGACCUUGUGGGCCAGAUCCGCUACUCUCUGAUCGGAGACUACCCCACCCAGAGCUUCUUCACUCUGGACACAGUCACUGGCAUCCUGACGACAAUAAGCAGUCUGCGACUCGAUGCUAACUACGCCUCAUUCUACGUAGCCAGAGUUACCGCUAUCGACAACCUUCGACCCAACCAGAUCGCCACGGCAACUGUUGCUAUCAAUGUGAUUCGCAACCAGAAUGGCCCCAUUUUCUCACUGCCUAGCUACACUAACACAAUUCCUGAGACCACCAGUGUGGGGAAUGUGGUGCUUAAUGUGACGGCCAGAGAUUUGGACGUCAAUGACCAGAUCACUUACUAUCUGACCUCACAGACAUUUUCUGGGAAUCAGUUCAACAACUUCUAUUUCUACAUGGACCCCAACACAGGCGCUGUUUGGUUGAGAGCGUCGGUGCUAAACAUUGGCAUUAACAACUUCUUUUUGACCUUCCGAGCCUGUGACAGUGGUCUACCGCAGCGCUGUGCCAACAGUACUGGAACAAUCAACGUACUGCGUAACCAGUUCCCCCCGAUCUUCCGCAACGAGCCUUACAGCCGCACUAUUCAGGACACAGCCGUUGUUGGUAGCAGCGUGUUAACAAUCACUGCCACAGACGCUGACCAGAUUGGCACUCUUGUGUACGAGGCACUGACCACUCCCUAUCCAUUCGAGCUCAACCGUCUUACUGGUGUCGUCACCUUACAGUACCAGGGCUUGUUGUAUGGUCCUGCCUUGUACACUUUCCGCGUGCGUGUCUAUGACGAUGCCGAUACAACCAGAUUUGACGACAGCAACGUCACAGUAUCCGUUAUUCAGAACCCAAGUGGACCUAACUUCCUAAAUGACCCCUAUUCAGUGACCAUCUCAGACAACCACGCCUUGGGAUCCAUAGUCGUCAACACUACUGCUGUGGAUCUGGAUGGGGAUAUUGUUCGAUACUACUUCCUGGGAGAUAUACUGGCCCAAGACUUCUUCUACAUAACUGCGGACACUGGAGAUAUAUUCCUGAGGCGCUCACUGCUUGGAACCAAUGUCACACGAUUCCCGUUCACAGUAAGAGCAUCCGACCAGCGUGUUAUUGAAAGGACAGAUGAAGCAAGUGUCCUUAUCAACGUUGUCAGAGACGUACAGCCACCAUUCUUUGUCAACGAACCCUACGCAUUUGCUAUUAGCGAAAACCGAAUCAAUGAAGUGGUCUACACUGCAGUUGAAGCAAGGGAUAAUGAUUUGCAGGGCACCCUCAGAUACGAAGCGUUUGGCGUCUACCCAGCUCAGUCAUUCUUUGCGAUCAAUCCAACCAAUGGAGACAUAAGUGUGAUAAGAAGCUUGCGGGAAGAUGGUCUCAACAGGCUUUCAUACACGUUGGACAUCCUGGUAUACGACACUGCCUACCCGAACAUGCGAGACGUGUCCCAGGUGAUCAUUACAGUGCUUCGGGAUGAGUCCGGGCCCAUAUUUCAGCCCUCAGCAACCUACCAGGUCACAAUCCCAGAGACCACGCCCAUUGGUAACAACGUCAUUGUUGUAACAGCUGUGGAUCCUGACAAUGAUUUUGUCUCGUUCAAACUUCUAAAUGGAACAAACAAUGGAAUGGAUUACUUCUUCCUUGAUCAAGCUACAGGAGCUGUUUCUGUCAGACGUAACCUCGUCAGAGAUCCAUUCCUCUCAGAGUACUUGCUUACUCUUCAAGCAAUCAGUCGAAGCCGGUCUGCAUUUGCUACAGUGCGUAUCUUGAUCACGCGCCAGAUCGAUCAGAGACCAUUCUUCAUUAACACCCCGUACAGACGCUCGAUCAUCAAUGAUCAGAUCAUCAAUCAGACUCUUCUGUCAGUCACAGCUCGCGACAAUGACCUUGUGGGCCAGAUUCGAUACAGGACCAUCGGAUUCUUCCCAGCAACAGAAUAUUUCAGCAUUGAUGAAGUGACGGGUGCUGUCCGCAUAUUCCGAAGUGUGAGAGGCGACCAGUAUUCAUCACAGCUAUAUGUGUUGACUGUUCAGGCGUAUGACACUGCAUUCCCUUCGAUGACUGCUCAGGAAGAUGUAUAUAUUGAUGUCAUCCGCAACCCCAACCAACCGCAGUUUCUAGAGAGCUUCUACUCGCGCUCUGUACCAGAAAAUAUCGCUUUGGGAUCCCAGGUGCUUUGCGUGAAUGCUACUGACCUUGACGGAGAUGUACUGUACUAUGAGCUCACUGGGGAUCAGGGAAAUUUCAACCAGAACCAGUUUGCAAGAGACUUUUUCUUCAUGACAUCAGGUGGUUGUGUUUUUGUGAGGAGAAAUCUUUACGAAUCCACCAUCAACAGCUACACUUUCACAGCCACGGCUAGGGAUCGCGCCUAUCCAGAGAAAUUUGGGUCAGCUACAGUUCAAAUUCAGAUUGUGCGGGAUCAGUUCAAACCAAUUUUCACACUACAGGAUUAUGUUGUUACAAUUCAAGAGAACUCCCCUGUCAAUAGUACCCAGCCUAUCAUAACUGUCACUGCAUCUGAUAGCGAUCUAAGGGGACAGAUUGUAUACGAGGCCACUGGUGAUGGUUCUGCCCUGUCCUACUUUAUGAUCAACCAGAAUGGACAGAUCUUUGUGAAACAGAGUCUUAGGAACGAGCUUGCCACAACCUACCUUAUGUCCUUGAGAGCUUACGACAGCUUCUACGCCUACAAUUAUGGAUUUGCAACGGUCCGCAUCAUUGUGAUCCGUAAUCCGAACCCUCCAGUGUUCAGCCUGCCGAGCUAUCAGGUGACAGUGAACGAGAAUAUCCCCCUUGGCAACGUGGCAGUUGACAUUCAGGCUACUGACGCAGAUCAGGACUAUAUAACGUACAGGAUGAUUCCAACCAGUUUGAAUGCCAGUGACUACUUCCUGGUAAACUUUGACAAUGGUGACGUCUUAGUGACACGUGAAUUGUACCGAAACCGUGCUGUCAGCCAAUACACUAUGAUUGUUCAAGCUAGUGACAAUCGAGGCAUCAACACAAGAGUGACCAAUGUGUCCGUUACUGUGAACGUCCUGAGAAACCAGCCUCCGUUCUUCACCAACACCCCAUACAGAAUGUCUGUGUCGGAGAGAACAGCCCUUGCUACAAGCCUGUAUCGUGUAACAGCCAACGAUAAUGACCUGAUUGGAAGAAUUGUAUACACGGUGAUCGGCGACAGCUACACGCCUGGAUACUUCACUGUCGAUUCAACCUCUGGUGUGGUCUCAGCCAUUUCCAACCUUACAGUGGACUAUAACCUUUUCUAUGUUCUGCGUGUUGGUGCGUAUGACUCGGCCAUUCCGUACGAAACAGCAACAGCAACCAUAGAGAUUUCAGUGUCCAGGAACGAGAACGAGCCUAUCUUUGUUGAGGAGCCGUACCGCUUGAGCCUGCGUGAAAGCACCCCGCUUGGUACCAGUGUGUACCGUAUCACUGCUAAUGACCGGGAUGGAGAUAUUAUACGCUACAGCUUGCUUGACGUCAUCACCAAUAGAAUCGCUCGAGAGCAUUUCUAUCUUCACCCUGACAAUGGCAACAUUUGGCUUACGAGGACUCUCACAGACUUCACCGAAAACCAGAUUGGGAUAUCUGUGCGAGCAUCGGACCAGAGGAGACCUGAGCGUGUUGAUGACUCAGUGGUAGUGGUGAACAUCGUCCGGGACCAAAUUCCCCCGGUGUUCACCAAUGAGCCUUACACAGUCUCAAUCCUCGACAGUGCAGCAAUCAACCAGUCCAUCUAUACUGUGCGAGCUGUGGACUCAGACCUUCAGGGUGAACUAAGAUUCGACAGCAUCGGAAUCUAUCCAGCCCAAACCUUCUUCAGAGUUGACAACGCAGGACGUAUCAUUGUAACACGAUCGCUGAAGGAAGACAGCGUGCCUCGCGAGUCCUACACCCUUCGUGUGAUCACAUACGACUCUGUGGACCCUGGUCUACAAGACACAUCCGAUGUUACAAUUUUAGUGUCCAGAAAUCCCAAUGUUCCGCAGUGGUCCGAGGCCCAGUACAGCAGGACUGUUAGUGAGGAAUACUCCCUUGGAGCGCCCAUCUUAAACAUCUCUGCUAUUGAUGCUGAUCGGGACCAGGUGACGUACAGCCUGGUAGAGGACACAACAGGAAGUGUCACAGGAAGCAACUCGCUGGACUACUUCUUCCUCCUGCCCACAGGGGAGGUCUACCUCAGACGUUCACUCACCUCCGCACCUCUCAACCAGUACUCGUUCUCAAUUCGAGCCACUGACAACGGCAACCCUAGACGUUCUGCCCUUGGCUCAGUGACAAUAUUCAUCACAAGAGCCGUGCUGCCGGUGUUCAGAAACACCCCAUACGCCACACAAGUCCAGGAGAACCGUGCAAAUGCCACUCAGAUAUACACAGUCACUGCUGUGGAUGCAGACGGACGGGGCCAGAUGAUGUACGAAGUCGUUGGUAUUGGUGCAGCUCCGAGCUUCUUCUACGUUGGCUCUGGUGGCCAGAUCUUCACACGAGGCAUCCUGUCCUCUGACCGAGCACUGGAAUACACGCUGCGACUAGUUGCCUAUGACAGCACAACACCACAGCAGCGUGCCACUGCUGAUGUCCAGAUCACCGUACUUCGUAACGUGAACCCACCAGUUUUCAAUCCUGACACCUACACCAGGACUAUACAGGAAGAGACUGCAGUUGGUACAUCUAUCCUACGCGUGACCGCCACAGAUGCAGACUUGGAUUUCCUGACCUUCACUCUGUCGGGAGAUAUCAACAGUGCCUGUACAGAGUACUUCUACAUACGGGAAACUACCGGAGACAUCCAUCUGUCAAGAUCUGUCUUGAAUAUUGGUGCCGUCUCAUACCGGUGCACAGUCACUGUAUCAGACAAUGGCUACCCGAGCAACAAAAUUGACACCGCACAGGUAGACAUCUUUGUUGACCGUGACCGUGCCCUACCGGUGUUCACAAGCAAUGCCCGUUACCAAGUCACCAUCAACGAGGACCGACCAGUCGGAAACAGCAUCAUCCAGGUGUCUGCUUCACGACAAGGCAUACAAGGUCGUAUCUACUAUGAUGAAAUUGGUGACUAUCCGGGACAGAGCUUCUUUAACGUGAACAACCUUACUGGAGACGUGACUGUCCAACAGAACUUGAGAAACGAUGUUGUACGCCUGGGUACUUACACGCUGCGUGUGGUUGCCUAUGACACCAUUGCACCGAGACUCUCUGCCACUGCCGAGGUGUUCAUAACGGUGAUCAGAAACCUCAAUGGCCCAAUAUUCAACCCACAGAUCUACCGUAUUACCAUUGAUGAGAGCACCCCAGUCAGACAGUAUAUCCUGAAACUGAAUGUUUCUGAUUCCGAUGGUGAUGAUCUGACCUGCUCCUUGGUAAGCGAGUCUGGUAGCUUCGUCGGCACAGGUACCAGUACGUACUUCCAAGUGGAUAUGAAUACCUGCUUUGUUUUCGUCAACAACGACUUGAAUGCAGACUUAACUGACCGCCAGGAAUACACUCUAACGGUCCGAGCAACAGACAACAGAAUUCCAACCGCUCAGUCUACCACUGCCACAGUCAUUGUUACAGUGUUACGUGACCUAGCACCGCCCAGAUUCACCAACCUGCCCUUCACCAUUGAUCUCAAUGAGAAGACAGUGAUAAACUCGACUGUCUAUACCGUUACUGCUGUUGACCAAGAUUUGGAGGGUUCAAUAGUUUACACGCUGGAUGGGGACUUCCCAGUACAGAGCUUUAUUGACCUUAACUCCCGAACUGGUCAGGUGACAUUGAGGAACAGUCUCCUGUCAGACACUACGCAGAACACGGUCUACACUGCCCAGUUUGGAGCCUAUGACAGCCUCAAUCCAGUCCAGCGUGCACGAGCUGCACUUACCAUUAGAGUACUCAGGAACCAGAACACCCCAGUUUUCAACCCAUCUGCCUACCUGCAAACCAUUGCAGACACGUAUGAGAUCGGAGCGGAUGUGAUCACUUUGACUGCAACUGAUGCUGAUGGGGAUGAAGUAUACUACAGCCAAGGAGGCGAUGCAACUGACCUAGAGUACUUCUAUGUUAAUCCAACCAAUGGUGUCAUCCGUUUGAGAAAAUCGUUGACGGGAUCAGUGAGAAACACGUUCACAUUCACUGUUCGGGCAAUCGAUAAUCGACCUCAGGGUGUUCAGAAAUCAACGCAGGCCACAGUGCAGAUCAAUGUCCUUCGUGAUGGCGGGCCGCCUCAGUUUGUCAAUACCCCAUACAGGAUCACUGUUCCCAUUAACCAGGCUGUUAACUCGUCGUUCUUCAGUGUCCGAGCCGUAGACAAUGACUUAAAGGGUUCUAUUGUGUACAGACUGGACGGCUUUGUUCCUGGAACCAACUUCUUCAGUCUCAACUCUGCAACAGGGAACAUUAUUGUGAGGUCAAGCCUCCAGUCUACCUCACUCAAUAUCUACCAGGAAUUCACUUUGCUGGUUUCUGCCUAUGAUACUGGAGCACCUCUAGCAGUCGUCCGGGAAACUGUGACCAUCAUUGUGAACCGUAACCUCAACACCCCGCUGUUUGACAAACAGUUGUAUGAGGAAACAGUUAACGACUUCGAGCCUGUCGGAAGUAGCGUGCUGGUGGUCACUGCACGGGAUGCUGAUAUAACCAGCCCAGAGAAUCAGGUCUCGUACGACAUCGUUUCUACCAGCACCAACACUCUGUUCGAAAUGUUCGCAAUCAACCCGGGCUCUGGAUUGAUAACCAUCAACAGGGCUCUUACUACUGAAAGCAUCAACAACUAUAGGUUGAUCGUGACUGCGCAAGAUCUCGGCUAUCCAUUCCGCAGCUCAUCUGCUACUGUCAACAUCAAUGUUAUCAGGAACAAUAACUCCCCAGUGUUCUCUCAGAAUGGACAGUACGGAGUCACCAUUAGUGAGAAUACAGCGGUCCUAGCGGGCAUAUUGAAUGUCUCGGCAACUGACAUAGACGCAGACAGGAACGGACAGAUCACCUACAGCAUUGUGAAUUCCCCUGUCUCUGGAUCAGUGUUUGGCAUCAAUGCUGUCACUGGACAGAUAUUUACCCGUAUCUCACUGCUAGCAACUGUAGAAAAUGCAUAUACACUCACUGUUGCGGCCACUGAUAACGGCAUUGUUCCCAGAUCAGCCCAGGCCACUGUGACCAUUCGUGUUUUACGGGAGGCUGAUCCAUCCUUCUCCGCGGCAGAGUACGAAGUCACCAUUCCCGAAGACAGACUGGUUGGCACACUCGUGUUUGAUCUGAAUGCCACCGAACCAAGAAGAGAUUCUGUCCUCGUGUAUGAUAUUUAUGGAGAUGGCGAUGCAGGUACCCAGUUCAGAAUCGAUGCAAAUGGACGCAUCACUCUAGCUCUAUCUCAGCUCAACACUGCAGUGAGCUCUUAUGUGGUUCGUGUCAGAGCGUAUCGUGAGCUGUUCCCCACUGAGCAGGCCACCUGUAUUGUGAGAGUGUUCAUCAGCCGUAACAGCGCUGCCCCAAGGUUCCAGCAUGGAGACCUAACGUUUACUCUCAAUGAUAACCAGUUACUGGGCGUUACGUUUGGCAUUGUUAACGCCACGGAUGCUAACACUGGAAGGAACGGAGAGAUUCGUUAUAGCAUCAGUGCCACGGACGCAAUUCCUACUGACAGCAUUGAUUUCUUCUACGUUAACCCACUGUCGGGUCACCUCUCCGCUAUCAAACGUCUCUCUGAGGACACCGACCAACCUGACCGAUACAUCUUCUUCAUAAGGGCCUCUGAUCAAGGUGUUCCAAGCCUAUCGGCCACAGUUCGUGUGACAGUCAUCAUUAUUCGUAACAGAAAUGCUCCAGUAUUCCGUAGUGAGAACUACGCAAUAAUCAUCAAUGAAAAUGCAGCAGUUGGUUCCAGCGUUCUCAGUGUACUUGCUGAUGAUGCUGACAAUCAUCCAAUAACAUACACAAUUAUUGCCAGUACCUCAGGAACGUUCUUCUUUGAUAUCAAUGCGAAUGGAGUCAUCAGCGUAGUAAAUGACCUAACAAGGACAGGCGUGUCAUUCUUUGACAUGAUCAUUCAGGCGCGUGAUAACCCUGGCUCUAGUGGCAUCUCCAGAUUUGACACGGCCUCAGUGAAUAUCACCGUCAUAAGGAACCCCAACGCUCCUCGGUUUUCAGCCGGUCUGUACAAUGCAACCAUUUCUGAGUAUCUGGAAGUCCAGCAGCCUGUCGUUCGAACUAUUGCAUCUGACAUUGACGUUGGACCAAGUGGAGUCAUUCGGUACAGCAUCAGCCGUAUCAGCUACACCCCACCCAAUGGCUUUGCCCAGUUUGUUAUAAGUGAGACUGAGGGAAGCAUUUACAUCAGCCAGCCUUUGACCAGGGAGGGUGUACCAAAUACAUUCCAGAUUAUUGUGGUGGCCACAGACCAAGCCUCUGUUCCAAAAUCAGCAUCAGCAACAGUCACCAUCAGCAUAAUUCGUAACCAGUUUGCGCCGGUCUUUGAUAGACCAGAAUACUCUACCUCCAUUAAUGACAUCUGGGCUGUCGGCAGGGUCCUAUUUACAGCGACUGCAGUUGAUAACGAUCAGAAUGUUACUUUAAGCAGGGACACAUUGAAUGCAAAGUUUGACUUUAUGAUGGACCCAGAAUACCCAUACGAAAAUCAGUUCUUUGGAAUAACAAGGGAUGGAUCAAUGUAUGUGCGUCGAGAUCUACAGAAUGCUGACGGAAGACAACUAUUCCAGUUCUACAUAUUAGCAACUGACCGCAGUUGGAAGCCGCUGAGCAAUCGAGCACUGGUCAAGAUUGGGGUCGCCUUCUCCAACUUUACACGCACGCUGGGCUUUGCAAUUCCAACACAGUUCAUCGAAGUGAAGGAAAGUACAGCAAUCACAAACGCCCUGCUCACCACCCUCAAUGUCACCAACACCAAUGUCGCUCUGAGACUGUUCUGUGAGAUACUGCUAAUAAAUAGCAACACCUCCGCCCAGGUGCCACGCUACUUUGACUUAUUCCGCUUAACAUCAAAUGGAGACUCCUGUGACUUGCGUGCAAACGGCAACCUUGAUGCUGAGGAAACACGGUUCUGGAAUAUCACUAUUGGGGUCAGGGAAAUUCAACGCACUAAGAGACAGACAAUUGAAGUGAUCCCAGUGUACCAGUCCUACCAAAAGACGUUUGUGUACAUAAAUGUGCAAGAUGAGAACGACAACGCCCCUUACUUUGUGUAUCCAGUCUACCCUGCUCUCCUCAACGUGAGGACCUACUUUGGUGCAAUUGCAAGGUUCUCCAUGUCCAACAAAGCUCCAGUAACGCUCGUGGCAAAGGAUGCAGAUGAGGGUGUGAAUGGCCAAGUAACGUACGAUAUCUCCAGACCUGCUACCAUUGACGUGCCUUUCUCUGUGGAUCCUAUCCAGGGUUUGAUCUUCUCUAACAGAGAGUUUGUCAACUCCGACCCAUCACAGUACAAAUUUACGGCACAGGCUCGUGACAACGCAGUCAGUCUGCAAAAGACUGUUGCGACUGACGUUGUGAUUGACAUCAUUGAAAACAAGCACCGUUACAUCCUGGUCCUGAACACAGAUAUCAAUGUAGUAAACUCCAACAUAGAACGCAUAAGACAGGCCCUGCAGAAUGUUAUUGGUCGCAUCAUUCUCAUUGAGACCAUUUCAUACCAGCGGUACAUUCUCAACGGCAUUCUCAGCGUGGAUUAUAAGAAAACUGACGUCAUUUUUGUUGUGGUUAAUGAUGGCAACCAGUUUAAUCUUUUCGAUGCUGCCACAGAUGAGCUGAAUCUUGUUACUCUAAGCACUGGCCCUUCACAGACCCUGAUAAGCAACCUCCGCCAGGGGGUCAACCAGUUCGCAUCUGUGGAAAGAAUUCGAGUGAACUUCCAAGCGGAGAACAUCCUUGGCAUUGCUUCUGAGCUGCAGGGACAGGGUCUGUAUGAUGCCACACUGCGACCAGUGACUGCGAGACCAUUCAAGUCGUACAUCUGGUGGAUAGAGGACGCCUACUCCGGACUGCUUGCCCUCGCUGCUAUCAUUAUCGUCCUUGGAUUCAUCGCACUGAUUAUCCUUAUCUACCAGUGGCAGAGAUACAACACCUAUCUGAAGAACUACAGAGUGUACCAUCGUAACUACGAACACCAGCCUGACUUCACCAACCCACCAUCUUUCCUCAAGGAGUACGAGACACAGCAGACACUGGACAUGUACAUGCCUCCUGAUGAGACGGUGCAAGAUCUAGGGGAGAUAAACAUGAGCUUUGCCCGUGGAGACUCCACACGUCGCACAGGCGAAGUGCGCAAAAUCUCCACCCGUAACCCAGUCUAUGACAACUCUGGAUACCAAAUCGACACAUAUGCUGUGAGUGCGCAAUCCGUGGGCAGCAAUGUCUACCAUGUAAACUUGAGACCAGAAUCAGCAAGGUCAAUACAGGGAGAUCCUGUCAAUACUGUCGUCUACACUACAUCCAUGGACGGCAAUUAGACCCAUCAACUUGAAACCACUUGGAACACUCCGGAUCCUGAUUAAACCUACUGUUUUAAUGAAUAAAGACUUGCAUUUGAAUUGAAUAAUAAAACACUAAAAAUGUUGGUAGACAUCUGUUGGUGAAACUAUAAAAGUUUAAACAAUAACAUUGAAAUAUUUACAUCUGCAUAUGUUUAAUUAUAAAACAUGUCUGGUUUCUGUUUAUGGCUUCAUUUAUAUCCACAUAUAUAGUUCUGUAGUUUAUAGAUAGAUACCUUAUUUACUCUUAGUUAAUAAAAUGCUUUGUGCUGAUAGAUAUGCUUUAUAAAUGAUAUACAUCAUUAGUGUACUGAAAAUUGCAUUCUCGAUUGUUUAUUGUUAAAAUGUGCUGUUAUAUUUGUUACAUCUUCCAAAGUAUUUUUGAUAUUUGAUUAUCCUUGUUCUCAAAAUUUCUUAGGACAUGAAUUGUGCUUAAUUCAUUAUUUCACCCAUAGAAUGCUUGAAGUGCUAUACAUGUGUUUAAUAAGUGCUUUAAUGUGCAUGUUUGACUAUGCUAUUUACACAUGUUUGACUAUGCUAUUUACACUUUACCAUUAAUACACAAUAAAAUAUCUGCAAAGCAAAUUAA